AUGAUCGGAGUCUCGAGCUCCGAGUUGGAUGAAUUUACCGAACCAAGCUCUCUACGCGAGCCGACCAGUUGCGCCAAUCGCCCUACGCCAAAGCGCAAGGAACAGCGGCGGCAAGAUGCGAGCCAGUGCAUUCGAGAAGCGCUUGAGCUCUGCAAGCGAGGCCGCUUCCGACAAGCCAUCCAAACGUACAAUUUGGCGCACGGGCUCGACCCCUCAGACCCAGACACGCUGCACAGUCGAGGUCGCGUCCACUACAAUCUUGGAAACCUCACAAAGGCCAAGGACGACAUGACUGCGGCAAUCCGAAUGAUGCAACAACAAUCGUGCGCAGCCACGGCUCUCGCUGAGGUUCACAACGACGUCGGCCUGGUGCACUUUGAUCUGCACGAUUAUGCAAGUGCCAAGUCCAGCGCAGAGCGGGCGAUUGAGCUCGACCCGCUCAGCUCGGACGCCUGCGCGUUGCUGGCUCAGGUGCACCUUGCGCAUGAUGAGCUGUCGCUCGCAUUGGCGCGGACCACGCGUGCCCUCCAGCUUGCCGGUCAAAAUGCACCAGUGUAUGCCACCCGUGGUCACAUCUUGCUGCGGUCGGGAGAUCGGGAGGGCGCGCUGCGAGACUUUACCCACGCCGUUCAGCUUGAUCCGCAGCUCGCACACGCCUACACUGGCCUGGGUCAGGUCGCCUUCCUUCGUGGCCAAGACAAAGCCGCCGUCCUCUACUUUACCAAGUCCAUUUCGCUCGACCAGUACAGCGCCAUUCCGUACCGCCUGAGGGCCGACAUCCGGCGAAUCCAAAAGCAGUUCAGUCCAGCCAUUGCCGACUACCGCGCCUCUCUAGCGCUAGAUCCGAGCAAUAGCAGCGCGCGUCGGUAUCUCGGUCUAUGCCUGUACCGUCAAAACCAGCCUCGGGAAGCGCUGGAACAGCUCGACCGUGCGCUCGCUCUUGGAGACCAGUAUGUCAUGACCUUGCACGCUGCGAUUGGACGUUGUCUGGUGCGUCUGGGCCAUUACAACGCUGCAGUGGGUCCGUUGCGGAUUGCAAGUGAUCUGGAACACUUUCAGCGACGCGCGGCGGGCGAGAGCACUGAACCUGGCCAGAGCGCCGGUGUUCCAAACACCCCAGACGAAGUUGAGCUCGAAUGCCUCAGUGUUCAGCAACGGCUCGCGAUUGCCAAAGCCAAGCAGCGACAAUCGGGCCAGCCCAACAAGAAAAGUAGCCCUCCCACCAGUGCAAGCGCCCACGGUCGCCUGGAUCCCUUUGGUCGCGUGGUCAAGCUGACUGAAUGGCAACCUUCGUCGGGGCGUUUGGCCGAGCUGUACCGAGGACGCCACCUUCCUGCUGUCAUUACCAGCCCGAUGCCUGGGGCUUUGGUGGAUUUGCUCGAAAAGACAAUCAACGAUGCCCUCCAGAGCGAUGAAGAUGUCCUCAACGUUGCCAACGAUGCUCUGAACGCAAUGCGGUCCGUGUUUGCCCCCGUCCUUGCCCGCCUUGGGACGUCGUCUGCAGACUCGACACAGUCGGAGCUGGCAAACGGCCUGUCCUCUCAAGACCGUCGACUUUCUGGCGGCCAGUGGGCCCAAGCCGGUGCUGGGACGCGCCGCUCAUUUUCAGACUUGGCCUCGCUUGGCAAGAGCGUGAAGAGCAUUGCUUCAGCGGCAGUCAGCGCCACCAGCUCAAUGCUGUCGCGCUUUCGGCAAGAGGACGACCUUGUCAAUAGCAUCUUGGACGGCCUCGUCAACUCCAACUCCACUGCUGCUUGGACCCGCAAGGAAGUCGCAGUCCGCAGGCUGGCGCUGCUUGUCGAGUACUUUAACCGAACUGCGGUUCUCAUGUACGCGGCGUACGAAUGCACGACCUACCUCAUCUCUGGCAUCAUCGAGUGGAUCAAAUCUGGCAAAGCCGCCAAAUGGCAAGAGAAGAUCAACGCAACCAGCCUGGAUGCCAAGCACGAUGCGCAAGUCCAAGAGCUGCGUGAUUCGCUGGCAUCGGCACUGACCACUCCUCUGAUGGACUUGCCGUCGCCAAUCCUGCCCACGUUGGCGGCCAAACUCGGCUUCAUUAUUGUUGCCCCAGAGACCCCCAGCUCGGAUGCCUGCUUGGAGGAACAGAGUUGCACUGCGCACGACCUGUACUCGACGCAACGCGAGCCGUGUUGGCCUUUGAAUGGAGCGGGUGUGACGUUGACUCUGCAGCAUUCGCCAAUGAACAAUCGCGUUUCCAUGGUGUCCAUGUUUGAAACCGCCUGUUUGGGGUCGUCUGCCGUCGAGCAAGCAGCCACACUGCCCGUUACCAAGGCUCGCGAGGAGCACGCCGUGAAAGGGAGCUUUAACGCCAAUGCAAGCGCCAACGAGCGCGCCAACCCGGAGACCAAUCCUUUCUUGGGCAUCAUGCGCGCGCUGUGCCAAAUCGCCGAUGCUGUGCCGCUCGCUCCAAUCCAACAGGCCGUGGUUGCAGUGUUGAGCAUUCUAGAAAACAGGAACUUGCUCCCUGUCGACAAUGACCAGUUCUUCCGCCAGGCGCAGAUUGAGGCUGUACGCAAGGAUUCGGAAAUUGAGGCUGCACGCAAGGAUUCGGAAAUUGAGGCUGCGCGCGAGCGAGCGGAAAAGGCUCGGCGCGCCUUCAAACGAGCCGAGCAGUUGAGCGUGUACAGCGUCGCCGACGCAUCCGACGGCGAGUCGCUAUCGUCUGGUGACUCGAGCGACUUUUCGCUCAAGCGCAGCGCUCCUGGCCGCAAAGCUUUGACCAAGAGCCGAUCCCACCAAUCGCUCGACAACAUUAUGGCUACCACCAGUUUCGGAAGCAAUGACCACGAGUCCGUCGCUGCGCCGACGUGCCGUCGCAACCGCAAAAACUCGCGAAACCGGCAUUCCUUGCUCCGAUCGCAGCUGAUGACGGAAGAGUGGUGGGAGACCACCUGCGACGUGCUGCAGACUGCUCUCCAGCGGCUACCUUCGGGUGCAAACGCUGAGAUCUUUUUGCGACGACUCCUGCUGGACAUGUCCUUGUGCCGGCACUCGAUGCUGGUGGAAGGAGCGACCAAAGCAAGCGAAGCCGCGGCCGAGCGCAGCGAGCGACGGCGGUCGGGUCGUUCGAGCUCAGUGGAAUCAGUUGCCUUGAGCUGGUCCGCCUCCUCUGGGGUCUCGGAAGCCUCUUCAGGGUCGUCAGUAGAAGGCGGAAAACAAGCCAACCGUCUAAGUAUGGGAUCUUGGAGCGAUCUUACCUCCGUCUCUGGGGUGGUCACGUCCGACUCUGGCGCCUCGUCCUGGGUCGAGCGCAUUGACAGCGAGUUGCAAAACAACGCCAAUGUGAGCGAGACGCUUCAUUGUGCCUUUGGCAUGGCAGACAACCGUGCCCCAUUCUCUGAGAUUGGCGCUCUGCUGCACUUGAAUUCUGUCCGCGGCGGAUCGGAGGAGCUCGCCUUCAUGAGUCACAUGGCAGCCAGCGAUACCAUCUCCGCCCUCAAGGCGAUUCUCACGAUGGCCUGUGAGUCGCAAGAUGCAGCAGCUCCACAGGGCCUCGGGAUCCUGACACUGGGCGGUACGACCACAGACGAGUCCAGCACCGACUCGCUCCCAAGGUCGAGCAGCGGCGUUGGCAACUCUAGCUCCUCGAGUAGUCCCUCGGGCUCAUCCCCGAGCAGUGAAUUCCAGAGCGGCAUCUGCGCCUCCAUCGCUCGCCGCAAUUGUAAGGCAGCUCGCGCAGUUGGUGCCUCCAUCGAUGUGACGCAUCUGGUGGUGCCUGAAACCAUUGGCAAAUCGAGCAAGCGCCGCCCGCGAGCCAGCUCGAUGGGUGAAGUCGCCGCCCGCCGACGUCGUGUGGAGAAGCUGGAUGCGUUUGAUGUGUCCCCAGCCGUUCAGCUCAUGGUGCAAACGUGUGAACAACUCGAGAGCGCGCAUCUCCGUGCCAGCGCACAGCCUCCGCCCUCGGAAGGGUUGCCUGGGUCGGCGUCCGAACCUGCUCGAGGCAUUGAACCGUUGCUGCAAAGCGCUGAUGCAGGCGAUUCUGCUGCUCUGGCCACCGCUCCUGCGACCAUUCAGCGAAAGUCCUCGAAAACAAAGUUCAGCAGCAUCCGAAAUCGACUUUUGCGCGCGUUCGACGACGACUCGGACGACACCUCGACUAGCGCCUCGACUAUUAGCGACGAUCUGUCUGAAGCGUCAUCGGAGGUGUCGUUGCCCUCGUCUGCCGAAGCCAGUCCUUCGCCGGCACGGAUUAAGCAAAAAGGCAGCUUCCGAUCCAAGUUUAUGCCAAAGAGCCGUGCGACUGCAAUCGCUCAAUGAAGU